UUGAUUUCGGCCUGUCCAAGUGGCUGUCGUACGGUACCAAAACAAAAACCAUCUGCGGCACUUUACGUUUCAUGGGUAUGAAUUAAAAACGCAAAAACAAAUAAGGAGCUUCAGUGUUUUUUUAUUUUUUAUUUUUCAUCCAAAAGAACACAAAGUGAUACAUUUUUCACCAAAAAAAAAACCGAGCGUUUCGUGUAGAAAUAAUUUUUUUUGGUUCUAACUGUGAUUUUUAUUGUGAUAAGUGAUAGAACGUAUUUAGUGAUAAUAAUAAUUUGUCGGAAGAUGAACGCGCGAUCUCAAUUGUUCGAAUUGACGGUGGAAUGUACGCAAGCGGACGAAGCGGUAGCGAGCAUCUUCCACACUCUACUCUUCCACCGUUCCCUGGGUAAAUUCACCUACACCGACGAAGGUAGCUAUUCGGUCGGUACGGUCGGUUAUACCGACGUCGAUUGCGAAUUUAUCGAUUUAACUUACGUCUGUUGUUCGUCGACGUCCUUAGAACAAGCCAUCCGCAAAGAGAUAAGCGGUUUUUCGGAAAUGCUGCGCGGACUCGAAGGUAGCGGUAUGGGACAAAUAAGUUUGGAGUUUUUCCAAAAGAAACCGAGCAGAUGGUUGUUUCAACCGGAAUGUAUACCGUGGGAAGUGUGGACGGUCAGAUUGGAAUUGAUAUCGUUGAGUAACGAAUGCGAAAGGCAAAUCAGCAAAGAAAAAGUUGGCGAAUUGAUAACGGACAAGAUAAUAUAUAUAGCGGAAGUGAUGAAUAGACAUGAAUAUUUGCCUAAGAUGCCUAGCCAGAGCGAAUUAGAUUUGAUAUUUGAUACUAGUUUCCCGGACGUCCAACCCUAUUUGUUUAAAUUUAAUUAUUCUAUAUCGGGACCUAGCGGGAAUCCUUCCGUCGGUAGUACCGUUAAGAAAUUGAUUAGGGAAACGUUGGCUUUGUAAAAAUAUUUGGGGGAAUAGAGACGGGGGCGUUUGGAGGGAAAUGUUUCGUUACGAUUUUCUAAUUGUGCUUCCUUCUAUGUCAGCAUGUUGAAUUUAUCGACUAAAAAAGUGAAGAAAUUCAUUAUUUUCAUCGAUUGUAUCCAGAGUUAUCUAAUUUCGUACCGGUAACUACCAUCACCGAUGGUGGGAGGUAUUGUUAUAAAAAUUUUGUUCAUCUUUUCAUUCCUGUCAGUUUUUUUUUUCAAGUCCAUCCAGAAGAUUUUUCUUUUUGUUAUUAUUGCUGAAAUAGUGCUAGUUCUGUAAUAUAACUGUUAUUUCAUUAGAAGUGGUUUUAGUUAUUAAGAGAAAUGCCGGUCCUGUAAUUUUUAUUCCAUAUUCGAUCGGUAAAGUUGAUCAAAAUUAUUCGUAUUGUCAUUUUUGACAAUUUGUAACUAGUAUAACUGUAAUUUUUUUCUAAGGAUAGCAGUUAUCAAAAGUUAGGCUGGUUCUGUGGCUUAUUUUACAUCCUUUUACGACUUGUAUCGUUUUCUUUAGAGGAAAUACAUUUCCAAGCUGUUGACAAUUUGUAACCAAUCUAACUGUCAUUUUCUUUUAUGAUGAGCCUUCACCGAUAGAAAUUCCGGUCCUGUAGGUUUUUUCCAGUUUUUUCCAAUUAUUUUCCAUAUUUAAUCGGUCAAGUCGAUCAAUUUUUCUCAGAUUACCAGUUUUGACAAUUUGUAACCGAUGAAACUGUCGUCAGUAGUUAUUUCGAGUUCCUUUCAUUUUUUAUCUCAAUGGUUGUUAAUUAACCGAUUAAUUUAGUCCUAUUUACAAUUCUACUAUCAUAGAGAUAUUAAAUUCGAUAUUUUGAAAAUUUACCCAUCGUACUACAUAUUUACCCAUCACAGGUUAGGUUCAGCUUUUUGGUUACGUGACAGAUUUUAAUCACAUUUUUCUAGCAUUUGCAUUUGGAAUUAAUUGACAUAAUCAAGUACAAGGUUUUUCGUGUGGAAAUUAGUUUGUUUACAAUAAAAAAUCAAAAUUUCCUCCAAACGUCCCCCAUCGAGAACCAAUUUUUUGUUGUUGUUAUAGUCAAUUCAUAUUCAGUACGCUUGGCUAUUUAUUUGUGCGGAUUUUACUUAUUUUCUCAGGAAAUGACGAAAAACGUGUCGAAGAUCAACUCUUAGUAUUAAGUAUUCCAGUUAUUAUACAGGGCAUUUUCGUUUUGUUAACCGGAUUAUUAAUUUUUGUGCCUUAUAUUCGGUCCCAAUUAAUUCUAUUGGGUAUUCGUUCGAUUUUAACGUCGAGAUACGGCAAGAGUGGAGGAAAAUUAUAUAACCUAUAUUUUACUUUUCCUUCUUCUUUUUUCCUAUUACGGUUUGGUUUGUAUCGGUAUUUGUAUCCAUCGAAUGAUUAUUUGGUUGUGUUUUUGAAAGUGAUCUGUAUAAUUAAAAGUGUGUUUGAACAUUAUUUGAACGUUAGUGGAAUUAGUAUUAGAAUGAAAGUGUUCAUGCUAAAAAAAUAGAAAGUAUCGAAUUGAUUCUUUUUUUUUUCAAAUUGAUAAUUAAAAAAAUCAUUUUGUCAUCAUAUGAUGGAAAAAUUUUUCUCGAACCGUUCCAAAUUGAGUGAACGGGAUUGUUAAAAGGAUAUAUUACAAAUAAUGAUAAUAUUUAAUCCAAUUUGGAUUUUUGUUUUUAAUUUUUUGAAAAAAAAACGUGCCUUAUAUAUCCUUUUAGGAAAGCCGUUUCGUAUUAACGAAAAAAUUUUUAUUUUUAACCUCACUUUUCACCAGCACUUUGAAUGUCGUUUGCUAUUUAUCUCAACAAAUAUAUAAGGUGGCUCAAUAUGGAUCGGUAUCGAAAAUUUUAUUUCACAUAUAGUUGAUCAUUUUUAUUGAAUCAUUCUGUAUAUAUCAAAUCUAUUUUUGUCGAUAUUAAAAAUUCCAGCGUAUAUACACGUACGGAUAUCGAAUAAAAAUAAUUAUUUUUUUUCUAUUAUUCAAAACCUUUUUGAUAAUUCGAAUUCUAAACUAAAUUUCGUAGAUGUUUAUAUACAGUUAUUCACGAAAUUUCCGUGCACGCUUUUAAACAUUUCCCAAAAAUAUUUUAUAUAUAUAUAGAAAAAAAAAUAAUAUUGAUCGGGUUCGAGAGGGUACCUACACCGGAAACCACGUCAUGUGUGAUGAGAGAUGUGUUCCAACUUGUAAAUCAACCCUUACUAACCUCAACAGUCAUUUUCCAUUUUGUAUGUCAACUGUCAGUUGCGUCACGCUUGUCAUUGGCGCCAUCAUCACAUCAACUACCGCCUACGUCAUAUAUUAGUGUAUUACAGGCGUCAACUGUCAUUAGUGUCAUAUGUCACGCGCGUUGCCGGUGUCAUUUGUCAAUUUCCACCAACGCCAUAUGUCAUGAAUCUCCUAUAUGUCAUGUGUCACGUGUAAUACUGGCGUCAUCUUCCAUUUUAUGUAUCAACUGUCAAUAGUGUCAGCAGCAAUUUUUUCUGUGUCGUCUGUCAAAUAUCAUAAGUGUAUAUUACAUCUUAUGACUAACGUCUUAUGUCACGUGUGACGUCGGUAUGACUAAUCAUUUUAUAUGCCAACCGUCAUCAGCGAUAUCUGUCUUAUAUCACUUACGUCAUAAGUCAUCUGUCGAUCAUCUGUAUUUUUGAUUAUCCAACACCGUGUCGUAUAUAUUUUAACUAAAUUAAAAAAAAAUUCCACGCCCUUAUCGCUUUAGAUGUUGGUACUUUUUGUUUCUCCCUCGUGUAAUGUCAUUUUGACAUCACUGCAAUGACACAAAAUGGUCGACGCUUGUGACAUAUGACAACUGACGUGUGAUUAAUGACAUUUAAAAUUGUUUACACCUACCAACCACUCAUGACGUCACAUCCACAACUUUGAAUAUACUGAAAAGCUGUAGGAGUAAUAAAAUACACCCUGUAUGAUAUCUAUGAAAUAAUUUUUUGCAAAUUUUGAUGAUAUUAAGAUUAGGUUUAUUAAUCUAAUGAUAAAUCCGUUUGGCAACAGCGCUUAGACCGAUAAAAAUCGACUAAGCUAGAAAAACUUUCGUAUUUGGAGGUUAUGUUUUUGAUGUUUCCGCGUAUCCCAAUUGUUUUUUCUUAUCUCACACUUUUAGUUCGCUCGUUUUUAUCAUUUUCAUAUUUUUUUCAAUUUCAAUUUAAUAAAAAAAUUGAAAAAUAGACAUUUUUAAUCGUAUCCUAACAAUACGGGAAAAAUUUUCCAUCCUGGCAACCAUGUCACAUACUUUCAAUCAUAUCCCCUCCUUUUCUCACUCUAUCUUUUAUUCAUGACGUCACAAUUCCGGAUUAUAACGCACCACCACAAAGGCGGACGUUAAGUGGAACGUACUCAUCAUAACCUCAAUGUUUGUCUUCUGGACGCCAUUAUUGACAUUAGUUUCGAUGUUCAUCAGUUUAAUCCCGAAUCUGAUGCGCAAUAAAUUUUUUAUCAAAGUACGUUUCCGCUAAUCCGCCAUUUUAUUAAACUCCAGAGCUUAAGAUGUGCGUCCAUCUACUAUCCCACAAAGGCGGACGUAAAGUGGAACCUACUUAUCAUAACCUCAAUGUUUGUCUUCUGGACGCCAUUAUUGACAUUAGUUUCGAUGUUCAUCAGUUUAAUCCCGAAUCUGAUUUGCAAUAAAUUUUUUAUCAAAGUACGUUUCCGCUAAUCCGCCAUUUUGUUAAACUCCAGAGCUUAAGAUGUGCGUCCAUCUACUAUCCCACAAAGGCGGACGUAAAGUGGAACCUACUUAUCAUAACCUCAAUGUUUGUCUUCUGGACGCCAUUAUUGACAUUAGUUUCGAUGUUCAUCAGUUUAAUCCCGAAUCUGAUUUGCAAUAAAUUUUUUAUCAAAGUACGUUUCCGCUAAUCCGCCAUUUUGUUAAACUCCAGAGCUUAAGAUGUGCGUCCAUCUACUAUCCCACAAAGGCGGACGUAAAGUGGAACCUACUUAUCAUAACCUCAUUGUUUGUCUUCUGGACGCCAUUAUUGACAUUAGUUUCGAUGUUCAUCAGUUUAAUCCCGAAUCUGAUUUGCAAUAAAUUUUUUAUCAAAGUACGUGUCCGCUAAUCCGCCAUUUUGUUAAACUCCAGAGCUUAAGAUGUGCGUCCAUCUACUAUCCCACAAAGGCGGACGUAAAGUGGAACCUACUUAUCAUAACCUCAAUGUUUGACUUCUGGACGCCAUUAUUGACAUUAGUUUCGAUGUUCAUCAGUUUAAUCCCGAAUCUGAUGUGCAAUAAAUUUUUUAUCAAAGUACGUUUCCGCUAAUCCGCCAUUUAGUUAAACUCCAGAGCUUAAGAUGUGCGUCCAUCUACUAUCCCACAAAGGCGGACGUAAAGUGGAACCUACUUAUCAUAACCUCAAUGUUUGUCUUCUGGACGCCAUUAUUGACAUUAGUUUCGAUGUUCAUCAGUUUAAUCCCGAAUCUGAUGUGCAAUAAAUUUUUUAUCAAAGUACGUUUCCGCUAAUCCGCCAUUUUGUUAAACUCCAGAGCUUAAGAUGUGCGUUCCAUCUACUAUCCCACAAAGGCGGACGUUAAGUGGAACGUACUCAUCAUUAUCUCAAUGUUUGUCCUCUGGACGCCAUUAUUGACAAUAGUUUCCAGGUUUAGUCGAUUUUAUUUGGUUGUAAUGACAAUUAAUUUUUCUAACCUCCAAACAGACGCGUAAAUCUGUGAUUUCAUAUAAUGACAUUAAAAAUUGUACUAGAUCGAAAAUGAUGAAUCAGUGAAUCUUUUACUUUGUCACAACAAGAUUCAGAAAAUGCGUUAAGGUCGAUUUGUAUUCCUCUUCACCGUAUUUAUUUUAUUUUUUUACCUUACAGUUAAUUGAUGCUCUAAUUUUAAGACAACCUGUAAAUAAUUUGUGAAUAGUUUAGUGAUUAAUAUAUAAAUGUUGUGAUUUACGAGUCCGAAUAAAGACUUUAUUUAUUU